AUGGCAGGAAGAACAAUCAGGAUUGCUGAUAAAGAAAUGAUGGAUAUGGUACUUUCAGAAAACCAUCAUGAAAUGGUGGGAAUUGUGUUUAAUGAUACUUUUUCAUAUCAGCUGAAGUUUAGUUGGGGAUAUGAAAUCCCAAAUAUGGAAGAAAACUCUGAACAUGCAGAACACUGUUGGGAUUCUGCUGAUAAAAUUUUUUGUUACAUGACAAGAUACUGGCAAAAUGGGUUUGUGGCAUUUCAAACUGCAAUUGAUGCUGCAAUUAUAGAAGUCACAACAAAUUCUGUGAUGGAACAGCUGACAUCAGUUAUUGGAAUCAAUAUGACGAUGCUGCCUUUCAUUUCUAAUGGAGAAAUCAUAAAUACGUGGUUUACUUUUAUUUGUAUGGUUUAUUUCUCCCAUUUUGUGUAUCUCCCUUCAUUAAAUGUUACAUGGGAAAGAAAAAAGUUUAAGAAACUGAUGACAGUGUUGAGUCUCCGAGAGUCAGCAUUCUGGCUCUCCUGGGGAUUUAUGUAUGCUGGCUUCGAAUUUAUCCUGUCCAUUUUUAUGGCUCUGAUCAUAACAUCUAUCCAAAUUGUAGUAAUUGUUGGCUUCAUGGUGAUAUUCAUACUCUUUGUCUUAUAUGGCCUGUCUUUGCUGACAUUGGCUUUCCUCCUGAGUGUGCUGAUAAAGGAACCUAUCCUUACUGGUUUGGUUGGGUUUCUCUUCACUGUAUUUUGGGGAUGUCUGGGAUUCACUGUAUUAUACAGACAACUUCCUUCAUCUCUGGGAUGGACUUUAGGUCUUUUUAGCCCCUUUGCCUUCACUGCUGGAAUGGCUCAGAUUUUACACAUGGAUUAUUACGGGAUUGGUGUUAUUUUUCCCAAUCCGUCUGGAGAGUCAUACAUAAUGAUGGUUACUUUCUUCAUUCUGGCACUUGAUACUCUUCUCUAUUUGAUAUUAAUGUUAUAUUUUGAGGGAGUUUUGACUGAUGAAGAUGGCCUCCGGCAUUCACCAUUGUUUUUCCUGAAGUCUUCAUUUUGGUCGCAACGUCAAAACACUCACUAUGAAGUCUUUGAGGACAAAAUAAAUCCUGAGCAUUCCUCUGAUGACUCUUUUGAACCAGUGCCUCCAGAGUUCCAUGGACAAGAAGCUAUAAGAAUCAGAAAUGUUACAAAAGAAUAUGAUGGAAAGCCUGAAAAAGUAGAAGCAUUGCAAGGCAUAUUUCUUGACAUAUAUGAAGGACAGGUCAUUGCAAUACUUGGACACAGCAGAGCUGGUAAAUCGACACUGCUAAACAUUCUGAAUGGGUUGUCUGGUUCUACAAAAGGAUCAGUCACUAUUUAUAAUACUCAACUCUCUGAAAUAACUAACAUGGAAGAAAUGAGAAAGAAUAUUGGAUUUUGUCCACAAUUCGAUAUUCAAUUUGACUUUCUUACUGUGAGAGAAAACCUCAGGCUACUUGCUAAAAUAAAAGGGAUUCAGUCAGAAGAAGUAGAACGAGAGGUAAAAAGAGUUAUAAUGGAAUUGGACAUACAAAACAUUCAAGAUGUUAUUGCUAAAAAAUUAGGUGGUGGGGGAAAACUAACAUUUGGGAUUGCCAUUUUAGGAGAUCCUUGGGUUUUGCUACUGGAUGAAUCGACUGUUGGGUUGGAUCCUUUUUCAAGGCACCAAGUUUGGACCUUCCUGAAGGAGCAUAAAACAAACCGCACAGUCCUUCUUAGUACCCAGAUCAUGGAUGAGGCUUACAUCGUGGCUGAUGAUUCUUGGUUUCUUUCUUCUAAUAAUAGGAAAGUGUUUCUGUCUAAUGGGAAGUUGAAAUGUGCAGGGUCAUCUUUGUUUCUGAAGCAAAAAUGGGGUAUUGGAUAUCAUUUAAGUUUACACAGGAAUGAAAUGUGUAAUCCGGAAAGAAUUACAUCCCUCAAUAGACAGCACAUCCCUGAUGCCGAGUUAGCAGCAGAAAGUGAAGAAAAACUUGUGUACAUUUUGCCCUUGGAAAGAACAAACAAAUUUCCAGAUCUUUACAGUGACCUUGAAAAGUGUCCUGACGAAGGCGUAAUGAAUUAUGGUGUUUCCAUGACAACUCUCAAUGAAGUCUUUGUGAACCUAGAAGGCAAAUCAACAAUUGAUGAGCCAGAUUUUGGCAUUCGGAAAGAGGAGAAAGUCAAUGAGACAAGAGAUACUGGAACUGAGUCUGAAAUGCAACAGGCUCCUUGUUCUCUUCCUGGAUUGAGAAAGGUUAUUAGUAUUGGAACUCUCUGGAAACAACAGGUAUGUGCCAUGGCAAAGCUUCUCUUCUUAAAGUUAAGGCAUGAAAGGAAAAUUCUUUUGUUCUUGUUACUGAUACUUGGUAACCCUUUUACCCCCACCAUUUUUGAGAAGAUAGUGGAUGUGGUAUCUAAUUACACUUAUUUUUGGGAGCUUUCAUCCAGUAUGUAUUUCCUUUCUCUGAAACAACCCUUACAGGCUCUUCUUACCAGUCUAUUGGUCAUCAAUAAUACAGGAUUUUUAGUUGCGCUCUGUUUCCACCCACCCGCCCUCACCAUGGGAGGGUUGCCAUACCUUCAGAGUAUCAUUUUCCUUUUCGUUAUAAGGUGUCUGGAAAUGAAGUAUGGAAAAGAAACAAUGAGGAAAGAUCCAGUUUUCAGGAUCUCCUCAAGAAGUAGGGAAAAUCAUCCAAAUCCAGAAGAGCCAGAAGAAGAUGAAGAUGUUCAAGCUGAAAGAGUGAACACAACAGAUGCACUCACUACUCUGAACCUGAAUGAGAAACCAGUCAUAAUGGCAAGCUGUUUACACAAGGAAUAUAAACAAAAGAAAAGAAGUUGCUUUUCAACAAGAAAGAAGAAAAUAGCCAUAAGAAAUAUCUCCUUCUGCAUUAAAAAAGGUGAAGUUUUGGGGUUGUUGGGACACAGUGGAGCUGGUAAAAGUACUUCUAUUAAAAUAGUAACAGGAGACACAAAGUCAGCUACAGGAGUGGUGGUUUUACAAGGCUGCAGAACAUCACUGAGGCAAGUGGAAGAUGACACCCUCAAGUGUUUGGGGUACUUUCCUCAGGAAAACCCACUGUGGCCCCGUCUUUCAGUGAAAGGAAUAGGCAAACAGGAUGCUGCUCUUAGUACUUCACGAUUGGUGGAAACUCUCAAGCUCCAGGAACAACUUAAAAUUCCCUCAAAGUCUGAAAUAAUCUUAUCUGAGGGAGUAAAAAGGAAGCUGUGCUUGGUGCUGAGCAUCCUGGGAGACCCGUCGGUAGUGAUUCUGGACAAGCCGGCCACGGGGGUGGACCCCGAGGGGCAGUAGCAAAUGUGGCAGGCAAUCCAGACCAUUGUUAAAAACACAGGGGGCGCCCUCCUGACCACCCACGCCAUGGCAGAGGCCAUGUGUGACCAAGUGGCCUUCAUGGUGUCCAGAAGGCUGAGGUGUAUUUGUUCCAUUCAACAUCUGAAAAGCAAGUUUGGUAAAGAUUAUUUUCUAGAAAUAAAAAUGAAGGACCCGACUCGAGUGGAGCCUCUCCACACAGAGAUUCUGAAGCUCUUUCCACAGGCUACUCAGCAGGAAAGAUAUUCCUCCAUGAUGGUGUAUAAAUUACCUGUGGAAGAUGUUCACCCUCUAUCUUGGGCCUUUUUCAAAUUAGAGGCAGUGAAACAGACCUUUGAUAUGGAAGAAUACAGCCCCUCUCAGGCUACCUUGGAACAGGUAUUCUUAGAACUCUCUAAAGAACAGGGUCUGGGAAAUUUUGAUGAUGAAGUUGAUACAACAGUUAGAUGGAAACUCCUCCCACAGGAAGAGGCUUAA